AUGUCUCAGCCGUACGGAUCGCCAGAUUCAAACCAGGACACCGAUCAGUCGCGCAUACCUGAAAGCCAACCUUCCUCCGAUGCGCCCUCACAAAUUCCUCCCCGGCCGACGCAGCCUUUGCGGAGCAAUUCUCUGCUCACGGCAGCUCCAGAACGACCGUCGCUCUCACCGUCGCGAACACUGUCGGACUCGGGAAGGAGGUCAUCACAACACCAACAUGUCCGAUUUUCAACAGACUUGGAGCGCGCUGCCGUGGAGGAACAAAAUAGACAGACUCAGCGGGAUCGGCGGCCUUCUUCUAGAGGACUUUCAAUAGACACAAGUAUCGCCAAUCCCCAGGGUCUUUUGUCUCCCACAUCCCCCGACGCCAACCGCGCAACACGCUCCUCCCUUUCUCCGCGCUCAGCGCUCUCUCCUACAUCUCCGCAGAGCCUGGAUAGUGCUGGCCGCUCCCGCUCCCGAAAUCGUGGAUACUCGCUGCGCCGAACGAUCUUUGCGAAGAAUAUCGAAUCGCAAUCGACUCCCUCAUCACCCGUUGAACUAGAACACGUUACCAAGACGGAACCGGAGGAGAUUGCGGAGGAGGAGACGGCACCCGGUCCUGCUGCGAAAGAUUCGAUCGAGAAUGAGAAACAAGACGCCGUUGUCACGCAAAAGUCGACAUCGGCCUCGACUUCUACAGAAAAUGGCCUCACCACAUUUUCCUCCGAUCAGGCGGAUCUCAAAGAGGGCAGGAACCUUUCUACAACUCUAUCCUAUGAACGAUGGCUCAAAAGGAGAGCCGCUAUCAGUGAUUUAAAGAUUCGCGCGGUGUGCAUUCUCGAAACCAUUCGCAAGACAGUUCUUCGGAUAAAGACAAUUCCACCUAGCAAAGAUGGCCGCCAUAUUGACCUCGAUCCUAUGCGAACGGAAGUUUUAAUUGAUGAGCGAACCGGGAAGCCAUACGCAGAGAAUUGGAUUCGGUCUAGUCGCUAUAGUUUAUGGAGUUUCUUCCCUCGCCAGUUCUUCGCGCAAUUCACUAAGCUAGCCAACUUCUACUUCUUGGUGGUUGCUAUCCUGCAAAUGAUCCCUGGCUUGAGUACAACAGGUCAGUUCACCACCCUGGUGCCACUUCUUAUCUUUGUUGGUAUCUCCAUGGGCAAGGAAGGGUUCGAUGACUGGCGCCGCUACCGACUGGACAAGGAAGAAAACAACCGUUUCGCUUCGGUACUCCGCCCAGGGUCGAAUGUGUUAUCUCGGUCUGUCACCGGGGAAACCGCAUCCAUUUCGAGCGAGACACAGGAUUGGCAUUCGGUUAAGUGGAGCGAUAUCAAAGUAGGUGAUGUGAUUCGACUGGAACGCGAUCAACCCAUACCUGCAGACUUGGCUUUGCUUCACGCAGACGGGCCUAAUGGUGUGGCUUACGUGGAAACCAUGGCGCUGGAUGGGGAGACAAAUCUCAAAAACAAACAACCAUGCCAAUCCGUGGCAAAAUCGUGUGGAACUGUGGAGGGUAUCUGUGGCACCUCGAUACACUUUGCCGUGGAGGAUCCCAAUCUGGAUCUGUAUAAAUUUGAUGGAAACGUGACGGUGGCUGCCGGAGAGAAAACGCCGUUGACCAACAAUGAAGUUCUGUACCGUGGUAGUGUCCUUCGUAACACCGAACGGGCAGUGGGAAUGGUUAUCUACACGGGCGAGGAGUGCAAGAUUCGCAUGAACGCCAAUAAGAACCCUCGCAUCAAAAUGCCUUCUCUCCAGGGCAAGGUCAACCGAGUCGUCAUGCUCAUCGUCCUUUUGGUGGUGAUGUUGGCUGGCGCCUGUACCAUUGCGUAUAAGUUCUGGUCAAGGGAUGUUGAAAGCCGCGCUUGGUACCUACAGGAGGCCAACGUGAGCUACGGACCCAUUUUCACUUCGUUCCUGAUCAUGUUCAACACGAUGAUUCCAAUUUCACUUUAUGUGAGUAUGGAAAUCGUUAAAGUGGCCCAGAUGCUCAUGCUGAACGCCGACAUCGACAUGUACGAUCCCGAGUCUGAUACGCCGCUUGAAGCCCGGACAUCAACAAUCAACGAGGAACUCGGCCAAGUCAGCUACGUUUUCUCUGACAAAACUGGAACAUUGACAAACAACACCAUGCGUUUCCGGAAAAUGAGUGUGGCUGGAACUGCGUGGUUCCAUGAUUUUGAUCUCGUCGAUGAAGAAGGAGACCGAGAGAAGUUGAUCCACAAAAAGCGGAGCGCCAAAGGAAAGAAAGCGAUGGCCCGCCAGUCAAACGUAUCCGAAGCUCGAAGGUCUGUCGCUAGGCCGUCCAUGUCGACCUUCGAUGGAGCUCGCAAGCAAGGGUUAACUGUGCAGAACACUCGAACUACUGAUAUGCUCAAAUACAUCCAGCGCAAGCCAUACACUGUCUUCGCUCGGAAGGCUAAGAUGUUCAUCCUCGCCAUGGCUCUUUGCCACACCUGUCUUCCCGAAGAGGACGAAUCCGGCAACAAAACGUUUCAGGCUGCCUCGCCAGAUGAGCUUGCGUUGGUCACGGCCGCCCAAGAGCUAGGGUAUUUAGUUCACGACCGACAACCAGAUACAUUGACAGUGAGGACAUUCCCCAAUGGGCCAGAAGCGGCACCUGUCGACGAGGUUUACGAGAUUAUGGAUGUGAUUGAAUUUUCCAGCACCAGGAAGCGCAUGUCAGUUGUCGUUCGGAUGCCAGACCGACGGAUUUGCGUGUUCUGCAAAGGUGCUGACGGCGUGUUGAUGAAGCUUCUAAAGCGGGCUGCUCUUGCCCAGGAAAAGGUGAACGACAUUGAGCGCCGCGCGAGCAAGCGCAAGGCAGCCGAAGCGAGUCAGGUCAUGAGGAGGAACAGCGAGUACCGCGGCCGCAAGGACAGCGGUGUCCGCAGCAGUUUCAGCCGACCGAGCAUGACGCAUCGCCGCUCUAGUGUUUCUGGUAGACAUGUGUCUACGUUGAGAGACAGCAUUGAUGUCUGGCUUCGUGAUCGCGAGACGGACGGCGGUCUCUUGCAUAGAAACAGCGACGUUGAGUACUACAGCCCUAGACCUUCUGCCCAGUUAGGGCGGCAGUCAACCACGCUGUCCGACUCCGGUAGCUCUAUUCACGAUGAUGAGGAUGAGGAGCUAGUGGAGGAGGCUCUAGUGGUCAACGAAGCUGCUGUUUUCGAGCGCUGCUUCCAGCACUUGAACGAUUUUGCGACGGAGGGACUCCGAACCCUGCUAUACGCCCACAGAUACCUGGACGACGCAACUUACCAAGAAUGGAAGCAAGCGUACCACGAAGCUUCCACCAGCCUUGUUGACCGUCAGCAGCGAAUUGAGAAGGUCGGCCAACAGAUUGAACAACAGCUCGAGCUGACUGGUGCUACCGCCAUUGAGGACAAGCUUCAAAAAGGCGUUCCAGAGGCAAUCGACAAGCUACGUCGAGCAAACAUCAAGUUGUGGAUGCUUACCGGAGACAAGCGAGAGACGGCCAUCAAUGUUGGUCAUUCCUGCCGCCUAGUGAAGGACUACUCUACCCUCGUGGUUCUUGACCAGGAAAUGGGCAAUGUGGGACUAUCGAUUGAGGAGCUGACCGCGAACAUCACAAGUAAAAAGGUUGCUCACUCCGUGGUUGUCGUUGAUGGCCAAACUUUGUCCAUGAUUGAAGGGGACGAUGCUCUUCGUGCACCUUUCUUCAGGCUUGCUAUUCUCGUCGACUCCGUUAUUUGCUGCCGUGCCAGCCCGAAGCAGAAGGCUUUCUUGGUGAAGUCGAUUCGUCAGCAAGUGCAGGAUUCAGUCACUUUGGCAAUCGGUGAUGGAGCCAAUGACAUCGCCAUGAUCCAGGAGGCUCACGUUGGCAUUGGUAUCACAGGUAAAGAGGGUCUCCAGGCCGCGCGCAUUUCGGACUACUCGAUCGCGCAAUUCAGGUUCUUGCUGAAGCUACUUCUGGUCCAUGGGCGGUGGAACUAUAUGCGGGCAUGCAAGUAUACUCUAGGAACAUUCUGGAAGGAGAUGUUGUUCUACCUUACGCAAGCUCUCUACCAGCGAUGGAACGGAUACACUGGGACGAGCUUGUACGAAAACUGGAGUCUUAGCAUGUUCAACACCCUCUUUACUUCCUUGGCUGUUAUUUUCCUGGGUAUCUUCACGAAGGAUCUUUCUGCGUCAACCCUCCUCGCCGUGCCAGAACUUUACACCAAGGGCCAGCGGCAUGAGGGCUUCAACAUCCGACUCUACCUCGGUUGGACAUUCAUGGGCACCUGCGAAGCAAUGCUCGUCUACUUUAUAAUGUUCGGCCUCUUUGGCAGCGCUCUCUUCACAACAGGUAACAUCAACGACGUUUUCUCCACUGGUCUCCUCACCUUCUCGGCCUGCGUUAUCAUCAUCAACACCAAGCUCCAAGUCCUUGAAGUGCACAACAAAACCUACCUCUCCCUUGCAGUCUUCAUCAUCUCCGUCGGGGGCUGGUUCCUCUGGAACAUGAUUCUCUCUAAGCAAUAUGACACCAAAUCCGGCGACGGGAUCUACCACGUCCGCUCUAACUUCCUCUUGCACUCCGGCCACGAUCUCGCCUUUUGGGUUGUGCUUCUCAUCACCGUCGUGGCGGUGCUAAUCUUCGAGAUUUCCGUUUCUUCGCUCCGCGCCAAUCUCUUCCCCGCAGACGUCGACAUCUUCCAGGAGUACGAGAAAGAUCUAGAUAUCCGGAAGCGCUUCGAGGAAGCUGCCGCCUCAGAACUCCAACAGGGCUGGGACCACGGGAAGAAGAGAUCCAGCUUCGAGAUCGCGCGUGAGGAAGAAGAGAUGGAGGCUCGCGAGAAACACGUUGCGGAACUCCUGGCAAGACCUAGAGUUAUGAGCGAUGCGAACAAGAAUGACUCCUCUCGCGGCGUAUACGUUGAGUCUACCUCUGUUUCGGCAUCUGCUUCAGCUUCAGCCUCGGCAUUUGGCGGAUCAACCCGCGAGCAAGAGCAAGCCGUUCUGUCUGAUGGCGAGACAGCCCAGAGCAACCAAGGGGGAGCUGCGCGCAGACGCUCAGUGGAGAUCCAUGAGCUCUUCAAUAAGGGAUACGGGGCAAUUAGGAAGGGUCAUCUCAAGUGA